UUCAUUUCAUUUACACUCCAUCGUCUCCUGGUUCUAGGGUUCCACAACCAUGGCCCAAGUAUUGAACAACAUGGCGGUCGAUUCACUCGACCGUCGUCGCGAUCGCAAAGACAAAUCCUCUUCUGCUGACGACACCACCCUUGAAAACACCACUGACGCAUCCCAGUCCUCUCCACCACCGCCACCUCAACAGCAAACUCAACCCCCACCGUCUUCUAGAAGACGCGAUAGAGACUCGCGAGAAAGGCGUGAUGAUCGAGACCUUGACCGUCCACCUAACCGUCGUGGACCUGAUUAUUAUGACAGGAAUCGCUCUCCGCCGAUGGCUAGAGAUAGAGAUAGGGAUUAUAAGAGGCGUAGCACAUUGAGUCCUCCUCAGCCUGUUUCGUAUAGAGAUAGAAGGCACUCGCCGCCACCGAGAAGGUCGCCUCCUUACAAGCGGUCUAGGAGGGACGAUGGAGGUUAUGACGGCAGGAGAGGAAGUCCACGUGGCGGUUUUGGACCUGGUGAUAGAAGGUUCGGGUACGAUUAUGCUGGUGGAUAUGAACGUGAGAUAGGGGGCAGACCUGGCUAUGGUGAUGAAAGGCCUCAUGGCCGGUAUAUUGGUCGGCCAAUAGGUGGUUAUGGUGGUCCUCCAGAAUGGGAUUCAGGUCGUAGUGGAUACAGUGAUGUUCCGAACACAGGGAGUGCGCAAAGGGAGGGCUUGAUGUCAUACAAGCAAUUUAUUCAGGAGCUUGAAGAUGAUAUACUACCAGCUGAAGCAGAGCGAAGAUAUCAAGAAUACAAGUCAGAAUAUAUUUCAACUCAGAAGCGAGUAUUUUUUGAUGCUCAUAAGGAUGAGGAAUGGUUGAAGGACAAAUAUCACCCAACCAAUUUACUAUCAGUCAUAGAAAGGAGGAAUGAACUUGCACGAAAAGUUGCAAAAGAUUUCUUUCUAGAUUUACAGAGUGGGACAUUGAACUUAGGUCCCGGUGUAAAUGCCUCAUCAUCAAAUAAAUCUGGACAGACUAGUGAUCCAAAUUCUGAUGAUGAAGCAGAUACUGGUGGUAAAAGAAGGCGGCAUGGUAGGGGACCUGCUAAAGAAACUGACCUUCUAUCCGCUGCUCCUAAGGCACACCCAAUUAGUUCAGAACCUAGAAGAAUCCAAGUUGAUAUUGAACAAGCGCAGGCUCUUGUGCGCAAACUUGAUUUGGAGAAAGGAAUCGAGGAAAAUAUCUUAUGUGGGUCUGAUAAUGAUAAAAUGAGUCGGGAGAAAUCCCAUGGUGGCUCUACUGGUCCGGUUAUUAUCAUAAGGGGGUUGACCUCUGUCAAGGGCUUGGAGGGUGUUGAACUUCUGGAUACACUUCUUACUUAUAUGUGGCGCAUCCAUGGUGUGGAUUAUUAUGGGAUGGUUGAAACAAGUGAAGCAAAGGGUCUCAGACAUGUUAGGGGAGAGGGAAAGAGUAGUGACUUAGGUGGUAAUGGGUCUGAGUGGGAAAAGAAACUUGACUCUUAUUGGCAAGAGAGAUUAAGGACCCAAGAUCCAUUAGAAAUAAUGACUGCAAAGGACAAGAUCGAUGCUGCUGCUUUUGAUGCUUUGGAUCCCUUUGUUAGGAAGAUCAGGGAUGAAAAGUAUGGGUGGAAGUAUGGUUGUGGAGCCAAAGGUUGCACAAAGCUUUUUCAUGCUGCUGAGUUUGUGCACAAGCAUCUUAAACUGAAGCACCCAGAACUUGUGAUGGAGCUCACUGUCAAAGUCCGUGAAGAACUGUAUUUUCAGAACUACAUGAAUGAUGCAGAUGCACCUGGUGGGACACCUGUCAUGCAGCAACCUUUACCGAAAGAAAAACCACUGAGACGCAAGCUGGGUUCAGACAACCGAUUAAAAGAUGAACGUGGAAACCGUAGAGAUCGUGACUAUCGAGCUAAUGGGAGUGAUAGAUAUGAUAGGUCUGACAAUGCUCAGUCUAGUGAAUUUCCAUCCAAUAAUGAUGGUCCUGAUGGAGUAAAUCAUGAUGAACCGAUGUUUGAUGCUUUUGGAGGAGGCAUACGGGUUGGGCCUCCUUUUGCCUCUGAUAUACCCCCUCCACCGGUGUUGAUGCCUGUUCCUGGUGCUGGUCCAUUGGGGCCUUUUGUCCCUGCGCCACCUGAAGUUGCUAUGCGGAUGUUUAGAGAGCAGGGUGGUCCUCCUCCUUUCGAAGGGGGUGGUAGAAAUGGGCGGCCUGGGCCCCAACUAGGUGGACCUGGCCCUAUUCUUUUGUCUCCUGGUUUUCGACAGGAUCCUCGACGAUUAAGAAGCUACCAAGACCUCGAUGCACCAGAGGAUGAAGUCACCGUUAUAGACUACAGGAGUUUGUAAAGAAGUGGUGAAUUGUGAAAGAGGAUAAGCUGAUAUUUUUGGAGGAUCGGGUCAACUCUUGCACUACCGGGACAUCAAUUUGCAAUGGUAAAAGAAACCACAUUAUGCUUAGUUAAUUAGAAUGUGUAUCUAAUGCGGGUAGCUCAUUGUUUCUGCAUCUGUGGAAUGACAGUGGUACUUUGUCCUGCAAUGUCUGAGUUGUGUGUUAGUGAUCCAAUUUCCAAUUUUUCCCCCACCGUUUGACUGGCUUUGAAAAAAGAUUUUCUUUUUACAAAUUUAGGGUGGGUUUAUACUAUGGUUAAUGAAGUAGAUUUUUAUUAGUUGCUCAUUUGUUUUCCCCUUGGUGUUGAAUAGAUGAUAAACCAAACAUUUUGCUUUCCUUUGGACAAUAAGAUAUUUUGAUGGU